GGUAGUGGGAACGCGCUGACGUUGUUGAAUGUUUAGCUUUGCUCGAGCAACCAUGGCAGCCGUUCGGUGACAGCUCGGCGGCUCCUCUCUGACCGUCACUCUCUAUUGCCGUUAACUGCUAGCCUGAUCCCCCGCUACCCACGGGAGGAUUUCCCCACCUCCCCCGGUUUGUUUGUAAUUCACUUUGGAACUUUGCUACGGCGGUUGUGUUGAGAAUCUCGCUGUCCAGAAAGAAUAAAGCAGUCUCGUGGAAAUUAAAAGGGAAAAGAUGGCAAGUUUCUUGCAAUUUCAAGUCAAGAUUUUCUGGCAAAUAUAAAAUUGGCACCGGAACUGUAGGUUCUGUUACAGAAAACACUACAACAUGACUGAAAUUAACAGUGAGACAGGAUUCUACAGUGUACAAGUUGGUGAUUCUACCUUCACUGUUCUCAAGCGUUAUCAGGCAUUGAAGCCAAUAGGUUCAGGGGCUCAGGGAAUUGUCUGUGCUGCAUAUGAUAGUAUACUUGAUGGAAGUGUUGCUGUUAAGAAACUCAGUCGACCUUUUCAGAACCAAACUCAUGCCAAGAGAGCUUACAGAGAGCUUGUGCUACUUAAGUGUGUUAAUCAUAAAAAUAUUAUUAGUUUGUUAAAUGUAUUUACCCCGCAAAAGUCUUUAGAGGAAUUCCAAGAUGUUUACUUGGUAAUGGAGUUGAUGGAUGCCAACUUGUGCCAGGUUAUCCAUAUGGAGCUAGACCAUGAGAGAAUGUCCUACCUUCUAUACCAGAUGUUAUGUGGUAUUAAGCACCUUCACUCAGCGGGUAUUAUUCACAGAGAUUUGAAGCCCAGCAAUAUAGUAGUAAAGUCAGACUGCACUUUGAAAAUCUUAGAUUUUGGACUGGCAAGAACUGCCUGUACUAAUUUUAUGAUGACUCCAUAUGUAGUGACGAGAUAUUACAGAGCACCUGAAGUUAUUUUAGGAAUGGGAUACAAAGAAAAUGUUGAUAUCUGGUCAGUGGGGUGCAUCAUGGGAGAAAUGCUGAAAGGUUCUGUGCUAUUCCAAGGCACUGAUCAUAUUGAUCAGUGGAAUAAAGUUAUUGAACAACUAGGAACGCCAUCUGCAGAAUUCAUGAAGAAAUUGCAGCCAACUGUACGAAAUUAUGUAGAGAAUCGGCCAAAAUAUCCGGGGCUUGGCUUUGAAACACUGUUUCCAGAUUGGGUGUUUCCAGCAGAUUCAGAACGUGACAAAUUAAAAAUAAGUCAGGCCAGAGAUCUUCUAUCAAAAAUGCUGGUAAUUGAUCCUGACAAGCGAAUUUCUGUAGAUGAUGCCUUACAACAUCCCUAUAUUGCUGUCUGGUAUGAUCCUUCUGAAGUAGAAGCGCCCCCUCCGCAGAUUUAUGAUAAACAGUUGGAGGAGCGAGAACACAGUAUAGAGGAAUGGAAAGAACUGAUCUAUAAAGAAGUUGUGGACUGGGAGGAGAGGAAUAAGAAUGGUGUUAUUAAGGAACAGCCCUUACUUUCAGAUGCAGCAGUGAAUAGCAACAACAGCCCCUCUCAGUCUUCCUCCAUCAAUGACAUUUCAUCCAUGUCAACAGAGCAGACCUUGGCUUCCGAUACUGACAGCAGUCUGGAUGCUUCAGCAGGACCACUUGAUGGUUGCAGGUGAUCAGCCUCCAAACAUGAGCAAUAUCAGAAAGUAGCAACUGCUGCUAUUCUCAACCUGAGUUGCUUUUAAAUUAAGAAAACCAUGUAAAGAAGUUAUAUCUAUUGCAUGUACUGCAAACACAAUGCCUAUGCUUUACUUGGUAAUUUAUGAUUGCCUGGCUUAUGUUAAAAAAUGACAGCCUAGGAAUAUUUGAAAAGGGAAAUUAUAAUGGAAUGUGUGUUUGUGCAAACUGCUCCCAGCUCCAAACGCAGGUGAGCACAACUUGGAAAAAUGAAAACCAUGUGAGAGCAAAAUAUGAAUCUAUACAUAGCAGUUUUCUUGUCAUCGUUUCUCACUUUUUUUUGUUGAAGAUUCCUUAUGUACAUUCCAAAAAUCUGUGAGAGAAACAACUGACAGCACUUUUUAAUUUCAAUACAUAAUUUUUUUGACAUAUCUAUGAGAGGUAAGUUUGCCGCAUUGUGAAUUUCAAAUUGUAUCUGAAAUAGAGAACUUAGUAUUUUGUUAUUAUCAUCUAACUAUUGUUAAGUUUCCAAUUACUUCUAAAAUGACAACGAAUAGUAACAAGCAAGUGUGAUGUUGGUCAGAGAUUGAGAAACUUUAUAAAGAUCUAGUUUAGUAGUAUUUGGAUCUACAAUAUGUUCUUCCUUUUGUAAAUGACUAAUUUUCAGGGUGGUCAGAUCAGGAUUAUCAAUAGAAUGAUCUGUCUUAAAUUUAUCAUUUGUGAUUUUUUUAAGCUGACCAAAAAGCAUAAUUAUGAGGAAAGAGAACAAAGGGAAAAGGAUUUUUGAAAUUUUAAUUUGGAAAUUGUCGAGCAUGCAGCAUGUCAUACUGGAAUCAAUGGUUUGGAACUGUUGUGCUCUAAGGUUUAAAAGUAGACUAUUUAGGGUAGCACUUUGCAAAACUUUGGAUUCAUAAAUAAACCCAUUUUGAUACUAUUUUAUGUGCCUUGUAAAUGUUUAAAUGCUUGCAUAUAAGCUAAUUGUUGCCCCCCCAAAAUUCUGAUGAUUGGGAUAUCUUCACUGUAAAUUGUACCAGAAGAAACCAGCUGCUUAAUCCAAAAUAGUUUUGUUAAAAUCCAUUUUUCACAAUGUCAAGUAGCAAUGGUAGACCAGCAUGCCACGUAGCAGCCUGUUGAAGAGUGAGCUGAACAGCUAUUUAGUGAUGUUUAUGUUUGGCGUAAUGGCAGUUUUAGGCUCAUCAGUUCUUGUUAUAACUUGUCUUUUCCAGUUGCAAAAUACAAUUUAAGUCACUGCCACAUAGUUAUGACCAAAGUCUGGACAACAAGUUUUAAAACCUGUUUUAGAUAAAGUUAGUUGUAAUCGAAGGAAUGCCUAACACUCUUGCUAUGUGCCAUCAAACAUUCAUGGCUCACAAAUUACCAUUUCAAGCUUUUACAUUGGGUGGUGGUGAUGCAGAGAGAGAAUCUGGGGUGCAUUGGAACCUCCUGUCCUAUAAUGCUGUACUUUUGAGUAUCCUGGGAUCAAACUGUUUAGCCUAUUUUGGUCAGGGUUUGUGCCCAUUUGAAGGGGUAGGAAUUUGUAGAUCUUGUAGCAUCAUCAAACCUCUGGGCUGUAUCUCAAACUGCUUUUAAAAGAAAAAGCCAUGCUCCCCUGUCCUUAAUCAAAGUUGACAACACAAUCAAUCGUGCUAUAAUAAAUUGUACUCUACAAACCAGUCUUUGAAUGUGGAAAUCUCUCCUACACCUGAACCCUAGCAUUACUGGAUGGCAGAGGCAUAAUGUUUACCUUGUACUAUUUCCCUAAAAUUAGGGAAAUUGUGAUAUAAUGUCCCUACAGACAUCGGAAAAAAAAGUGUUGUCUGCCAGUAAUGAAUGGGUAUUUGAAUCCACUCCACUAAUGUGUGCAGAAAUACCCAAUUGCUCCAGAAAUUAUUGGAUCUGUGGCAGGCCAAGUUUUCCAUUCCUUAUACAUUUUGCCACACAACCACCCUUGAAUAUCUUCGAUCUUUGUAUUUUAAUAUUAAUUGUUCUGAACUAAAGGCACAGACACCUAAAACCAGUCUUACAUUUCCACAUGCUUUAUUUGACAUCUCUUCCACAGAGAAUCACUGCUUUCUAUCAAACAUGAAAUUCUUAACUAUGAUUAAAGAACAUGUAUAGACUAUUUCUUUAGUUUUCCCACAUUUGAUGUAUUUCUUUAUUCUUUUCCAGAAGUCACAGUAUAGAAUUGAUUAAAUGGAUUUGUGUGUACACUGAAGGAGGAAAUAUGCUUGAGAAAUUGUAAAGCUGUAGAAUCAGAUGAUUGGGGUUUUCAGUUGCAGAGAUGACAUAAGGUACAAGGAUUGUCAUCUUCAGUGAAUUUAGCUAUUUAGGUUUUGUGCAUAAUUCUCAAUUUAUCUGAAUGAAAGGUAGAAAAGUAAAUUCAUGCUCAAUAAAUCUCAAACCAUAUGAGUUUUCAGUGAAGCCUUUUCACAAGUCAAUUUGCAAAUAAAUUUCACAAUAGAAUAGAUUGAAAGUUAUCAGUAUUUAAAACAUUGACUUCACUGCAGAAACAAUAACGUAUAUUGACUGACUGAAAACCAACUAUUCCUGAAAAUAUCAAUAUGUUUCACAUUGUAUCUGCAAACUUAAUUUGUGCGUUAAUUUUGGCAAGAGAAAAUGUUAUAUUAAGCAUUACAACAAAACUUAAUACAGAAAUAAUUGUUUUGUAUAUAGGACAAUUUUGAAUGUUAAGUUACUAUAAUCUGGUUUAUGCCUUUGUCUGCAAAUUUGCUGACACAAAAUUAUGCUUAGUUCUCUUGGAUUUUAGCCAUAAAGGGAAUAAUUUGCCCUCACUUCCUGUGGUAAAUUGCCUCUUUCAUGGAAAUGACAUAAUUGUGCAAUUAUGUGAGAUAUAAUCUUUAAUAAUCUAGAUUUACAAAGAAUACACAUCACUGGAUACUGACCGUUUCACCUAAUCAGUCCAUGGCAUAUUAAUGCUCUACUGUAGCCUAGUUCCAAGUCACGUUGUUUUGAAACAAGAAAAUGAGAAAAGAUAAGGUUGUACUGAAAUAGAAUGUUGUAAACAUUUCUUUGCACAGUGCCUUGUGUUACCAAAUAUUUCAAACGGUUUCAAUUACAUGGAUUAUGUAGACCAACGUAAAUAAUUAUGUAAACCAGUAUUGACUUUGGCCUAUUUUACAGUGAACUGCAUGUUACUAACCGCUCAGCUCAGUUGACUGUAGACAAGAGCUCAGUGGCAAUAAGCAAUCUUUCGGCUGAAAUUUUGUUGGAGUUGUAUUUUCCAAGUAACUUGAUUUUGUAUUUUGCCUCAGCUACCUUACUAAGAAUGUGUAGCAAAUAACCCAAACCCAAGAAUAAAAAGGUGUUGAGAAUAUCUAGAAAAUUCGGCACAAAAUCUGUGGAAAGAAGUGACAAGUUAUCAUUUAAUGUGAAGCAUCAGUAUCAGAUGCUUGUGUUUGACUUGAAGGGUUACGUCUGAUGUGUUAACUUGCCGCUUUGUUUCCAUAACAGUUCAGUGCUUCAUAAUAUUAUCAUGUACUGAAUUUUGUUUUGGAUUUUUGUAACACUGGUCACGACUUCACAGUUGGGAAUAACAGUAGCAUCAAGACCUGACAUUUGUGAAGUUCUGUUCAUUUCAUUUGAGCAAACAUAAUAUUGACUGAAGAGACUACUGAGUACAUACAGCAUUUUCUGUUUGUUUCAAAUUUCAGUUUGUAGUAUAUUCCCCCGAAAAUUUUACAACAGAUUUGUCCUCUUACAACAAAUUGUGGCAUUUGGUAAUCAUUACUGCUCACCUGGAAAGAGUAAGGGGCUUUACAGCCUGGUUUCUACUUUUCAAACAUUCAACUGAUUGGAAUGUUGCAAAGUAGAGUGGCUCAGAGGCAUUGUUGUGAUGCAUUGGAAUAGGUUGUGUCUUUAAGUUCCAUGGCGGUAUUAUUCGUGGUAUAAUCAUUGGCUGUCUAAACCUUACCUGUGAUUGCACAAACUGCACACUAAGGUGGUUUGCACUGAAAUCAUUCAAUCAAAAGAUCCAGCAGUUGUUUGGGAUGGUUAUUUUAAAGGAGUGAUAAAACUAAAUGUAAAGCUUUUAAAUGUUUGUAGUUACUUUAGCUCUGUAUGUAUAUGUUCGGUCUCUGUGAGCAUCAGGGCUCGAUGCUAAGUUAGAGCAGAAUAACAUCUGUGUUGUCACUUUCAAGCCUAGUGCUGCAUAAUGUUUCCAUGUUCCAAGUAGUGUUGUGGAUUCCAUGGCACUGCAAUUCUGCUCCAUGUCACAGUUAUCAAAUGUCAGUAGCACCAAGACCUGAUAUUUGUGAAAUCCCCUUUUCUGUUAAUGUUCUGAAUCAUUUCCAUUGAGUAAACAAUGUUGACUGAAAAGGGCUGCUGUUAAGUACCGGUAUCCUGAAGCUGUUAAUGUUACAAGUGCUUUUAAAGUAGUUACUUGCAACCUAACCAGCUAUGUUUCAUCAUCUGCCCGUUACAUGGUGUUUGUGCAAUAAGAGAUCUUGUAUAUAAAGAUUGUUGCCAAUUGACAUUCAUGCUGGAUUUUUAUUUUGAUCUCAAGUUUGACAUUAGAUGGUGCUUUUUUGUACUGACAACAGUCCUGCUUUUUUUAAACAGAUUUUUAUAGAUUACAUUGUUUUUAAGGGAACUAUUUUGAUCAGCUAACGUCAACUGCUCCAGGAUAUUAGAAUGGUUUAAGAUAAAUCUGAAGGUUUUCAAAAUGCGAUUUUAUCUGAUAAACCUCACUACAGAUGAUACAUGUGUGAAUGCAAAUAAAGCUGUGGUCUUCAAAAA